AUGGGUGCGAUGAUUGUGGAAUACUUCAACAGUGCCGCGUCUCACCUGAACAACGUUGACGAGUUCGCAAAGACCGAGAUCAACAAGUUGGCCCCCAACCAUGUCCUGUCAUUGGAAGUCGACAGCACGCUUGACCUUAAAUACAACGGCGUUAAUUUCAACGAUGGCAAGUUACGAAUUGUCGUCACCCCGAAGGGGCUUGGUGUCAACAUAAAUUCUGCCCUAAAGAGCGACAAUAUGAAGCUAGCACUCAAUGAAGCUGCUGCCAAAGCUGGCGGCCAGGAUGACAUCAGCUACAUUGCUCGUGACAACAUUGGCAAGAAAUAUGAUCCAGUCAUCACCAAUGUGAAGAAUCGGCUGGAGCAACUUUUUGGUCAACCAUUUGAGCUUCUCCCGAACUUUGAAGACAACUUCGUCAAAGUGAAAACGGAGAGUCAAGUCCCAGGCACAAAGCUGCCGGAAAGCUGGGAAACAAACUUUGGCUCUACGGCUCUAGAAUACUUCGAGUCGUUAGCUACAUAUCUUGAUCGGAACGACUUUGGCAAAGAUGAUUUGCUCAAAGAAGGAUUCCUCGAGUCCGUCGACAAGAGUAAGGUCGCACUGCGUGUGGUGGACAAGCUUGAAGGGUCCAGCAACUACAAUGAAGCUAAGAUCGAGGAUGGGGUGCUAUAUCUGCAGACCAAGGCAGGUACUUGGGGUGUGAAUACAAAUCAAGCAUCCCAGAAGAUUGUGGAUCUCCUAUAG